CUUUUUUGCUAGUUGUCGGUCCAAACAAUCGUUAUAGUGAACCUAAAAUGAUAUUUCAAUGAUCACACUUCUCUAUUAGUAAAAGUUUCAACAGUGUUGAAGGAUUUGAAUACAAUAGCACCAGAUUUUAUGGCUAAACCAGAGUCCGUACCAUACAUCAUCAGAGAGAGCACAAGGUUUUAUCCUUACUUUAAGGAUCGCGUUGGAGCGAUAGACGACACCCAUAUUCCAGCAAUGGUAGUUGGGCGUGAAGUGAGUAGUUAUCGAAAUCGUCAUGAGACUAUAUCUCAUAAUGUCUUAGCUGUAUGCAAUUUUGAUCUACAAUUCAUUUACGUGCUUAGUGGAUGGGAGGGUUCUGCCCAUGAUUCAAAAGUUUUAAAUGAUGCGCUUUCUCGACCAAAUGGGCUCAAAGUGCCAUCAGAUGAAUUUCCUCCCGUUUCGGAUGAAGACACAACAAAUGAAAUAGAUGAGAGUUAUGAAUGGGAUGAUACUCAAACACAAGAUCAACAACCCAGUGUGAGACAUCAUCACAUUUCAUUCGGCCGCAGCAGCUCCGAAUCCAUCACAGCCGCCGGCUUCGUUCAGGUGAGAAGAGUUGAGAUGAGCAGGGGGAGCACCGGCGUCGUCAAGGGAGGGAAGAAGAAGGGGGUGACGUUCGUCAUCGACUGCUCCAAGCCGGUGGAAGACAAAAUCAUGGACAUUGCUUCGCUGGAGAAAUUUCUCCAGGAGCGCAUCAAAGUCGGCGGCAAGGCUGGAGCCCUCGGCGACUCCGUUACCGUCACACGUGAGAAGACCAAGAUCACCGUCACUUCCGACUCCAAUUUCUCCAAGAGGUAUUUGAAGUACUUGACCAAGAAGUACCUAAAGAAGAACAGUGUUCGUGACUGGCUCCGUGUGAUUUCUUCGAACAAGGAUAAAAAUGUCUAUGAGUUGAGGUACUUCAACAUUGCUGAAAAUGAAACGGAAGAUGAAGAUUAACUGUGUCAAUCAAUACUUUUUGCCAGAUGGUUUUAGUCCUUGUUGUUUUGAACGCUCUAAGAUAUUCUAUUUGUAUUACUUGUGUUUGAACAUCUCCUAUUCUAUGAUUAAGAUAUUUCACGUUUUACUUUUUGGCGUUAGCUUUUCCAUUUCACUUUGUGAACUAAUAAUUUAAGUACAGAGAU